AGGUCAAUCAUCAUUUUAAGAUCGUUAUAAAAUUAUGAACCUUCGAGAUUCGUUAGUUGAUAUUGUAAUCAUUUUUCUUCGAUAGACUCCCGCCAAAUUUAGCGAGUUCAUAUAUUUAGACCGGAUGCUAUUUACCAACUGCGAGAUAUCUACGCAGUACAUAAUCUUUUAUAUUUCUCUACGAUAAUUACUGAGCGUUACGAAUAGAACGAGCGUGUGGAGACGUCGAGAGCGAAAUCGUUCAGUGGAUCAAGUACUCGCUGGAAAUCCUCUUCGGUUCAAGAACAUCGUCAUCCGAUCGCUUCCCGCGUUUUGAUUAGUGAUAUCAUGUUGGUAUGAUCGUUCUUCCCGCUGGCUUCCGGAUUUGGGGUGCCAGAUGUGAAUGUGCGCUUCUACUAGGAGCACCGUUAAAUCGUGCAUUGUCAUGAAAGUUGUGAUGUCUCUUGACCGAGUAUCAACGCUUCACGCUCGACAGGUGUGAAUGAACAAAAUCAGUGAACGAACGAUUCGCGGCAAUCUCGGCGCGAGUUCUGACACCGGCGAGAACUCAGUAGCAUCCCGUUGUCGGGAGAAGUUUUCGCGUGCGUCGCAUGUGCCUGGCGUUGCGCUCCGCGGAAAGGGUACACAUCGAACUCUCGUUUUCUCGGCGACGCAUAAUUGAUCCGCGACUGGUCAGAAUCGUGACCGGAUACCCCGUCGGCUUGACGACGGAUUCACGAGCGGUGACAUGCCGCUUCUCCGCAAACAACCAUUUCAACGUCUCCACGUUUCCUCGGACUUCAAAGACGACGACGAAGUUUAUCACUGCGAGGUUACCAACGAGAUCUUCAAGGACUACAAUGAAUUCUGUGAGAGGAUCAUUUUAUGUAAUUCGCUCAUCUGGUCAUGCAGUAUCACAGGCAGAACCAAUAUGACUUACGAGGAGGCUUUACAUUGCGAAGAAAAUGCAAAGAAGAGCCUCAAAGAAUUUCCUACGGAGCUGCGUAUUCCUAUUUUGUACCUCGCUAGUAAAACAAACAGAUCGUCCUUCAACGAGAUGAUAGAGGAUGUAUAUCAAUUCGCAAGAGAUCGUUACUUUGUGGGAGAGAUGGUAGAGGCAAGUUUCACGGAAGAAUCUUGGUGCGACUGCCAUGUCCUUCAAGUUAUUCCACCCACAGAACAACAAAUGAAAUUAGCUGCUAAAGAAAAUAAUAAUGCUCAGGAGCACCAGUACCAUCCUGCCGCAAAACUGUUUCGUUACGAAGUAGAACAAUUAGAUUCUGGAGACUCCGACGUUAGCCACCUUAUGAUAGUGGAAGCAGCGCAAGUGAGAAGAAAAAAGCAACACUAUAGCAAAGAGCGUAAUAAAAUAUUCUUGCGCCAACUAUGCGAGCAGAACGAGGGCGGAUUGUGGGUUGUUAAAGAUAGUGUCUUACAAAAAUAUGGCAUUAGUAAAGUACGUUUUGAUACUAUAUUCGCUGGUCCACCGCCAGAUUUCACGUUACGCGUUAAGAAGUCUGUAAAACAUAAGCAGGAGUCGUUGGAGAAGUUUCUGGUGAUGGACGUAGCGAAACAAAAGCCUGAUCCCCUGAAAAAGGUGAAUCAAGGUGGACUGGAUAUAAAAAAAUUCCGCAAGCCAAGGACGAACGGAAAGUUUAAGGAAGACUCAAAAACAAAGGCAGAAGAGAAAGCAAAACGUGAAGAAGAAAGAGUGUUGAGAAAUGAACGUAAGAAAGAGGAGAAGCAAAAAUUAGCUGCUCUGACUUUGUACAUAAGGCAGUGGAACAAGCCGCGGGAGGACCUCGAAUGCGAAGACCUUUGCCCUAUCCCACAAGCAACGCCUGUUAAGAGUGCUAUACCUAACGAAAAGUUUGGUGCCGCCGUAAUGAUUCUAGAAUUUCUGGAAUUUUUUCACGAGGAGCUAGACGUUGGUGCUCACUUUCCAAACGGUUUUACUUUAGACUUGUUGGAAAAAGCACUGUUAGUAAAAGAAACCUCUGGACCUUGGAGCGACCUUAUGCAACUAUUGUUAUCGAGUAUUUUUAAAUACCAAGCAGACGAGGAAGACGAGAUUCAUGCUCAGGCGACUGAAGUAGUCAACGACAUUAACAUGAACGAAGGCACGUCGUCAAUGACGAAGGCUGUGAAGCUUUCUACCAUAGCUUCCACUUGGAGCCAAAUGCAUCAAGGCUGCAAACUAUCUGAAAUAACGUUGGACCACGUAACUUUGAGCGAGAUUCUAAGACAACAUUUAUUAUGCUCUGGUGGACGAAUUGGCGACGUUGCUACAAAGUGGAGAUACUCUGAAAGAGGAGGUUAUUCGAAUCAGGAUGAUCCAGCGUUGUUGAUGAGACUAAACGACGCAUAUAUCUUGAGAUUGCUAGGCCAUCGAAGCGUCCAAGAAUUCGAUUUGAAUGAAAAACUGAAGGUAGUUACAUGUCUCAUAAACCAAUUGCUCACUUUCGCUUCGAUACGGGAUGUGAUAGAAGAAAGACGAGAGAAAGUUCAUCAAGCGAAAAAGGAACUGAAGUCGUUGAUAGCCGAACAGAAGAAGGAGAAAGAGGAGAGAGAAAAAAUGCAAAAAAGCGAAAAAGAUACUGAGAAUAAAAUGCCAAAGAAGGUAACGCGUGGUAAUUGCGAGGAGGAGAAGAAAAAGGAGGAGUACGAGCAUAGAUUAAAAGAACUUCAGGAAGCAUCUAAGGAUCAGAACAUGAUGCUGUAUUUAGGUUCCGAUAGAGCUCAUCGCAGAUACUGGAGAUUUUUGUCAAUACCAGGAAUAUUCGUAGAGGAUGACGAAUGGUGGCCUGGGACUUGUCAUCCCGACGGCACGCCUUAUCAACCGGAGUUACGGGACAGGGAAUACGUGCAGGCGUAUUUGAAGCAUAAAUUUGAAGACGAAUUUAGCGAUAAGGAAAAUAGUUUUAAAAAGGCGAAGAAGUCGCCGAAGAAAGUUUCGUUCGCUGAUAAGAAUGGCCUGAAGCCACCGAGAAACAAUGUGUCCCGAAAAGAACUUUCCGAAAUAAGAAAAAAACUGAUGGUUUGCACGAGCGACAAAGAAUGUCCGGUGCAUUCGAAAAGACUAGGCCCGAAGUGGAGCUUCUUCGGAACGCAGGAAGAUCUAGAUGCUUUGUUAAACGGUUUAAACGCUCGAGGAAUUAGGGAGGGUGAACUUAGAAAUAAUAUUGUACACGAAAUGGAAAGCAUAACGUCCAUAAUCGAGGAAUGUCCGAGGCAUAAACUCAAUCCCGAUGUCUUUUCGGAACCUAUCAAAGGACAUCCUAAUAAAAUUGCGAAAAAAAAUAAAUACGAGAAUGCGAAUUUAAACUUUCCUCCGGAAACGCCGGUCAACGACGUUUUGGAAAUGACGCUCAGAGAUUAUAUUCUCUAUUUUGAAGAUAGACUAAACGCUGGUGUCUUGGGACAGUUAAAGGUGAACAAUCGAGAGGAAUGGAGGAGUGAAAUUUCCAAUAAAAAGUAUAAUAAUGAUUGUGAGAAAUUAGUUUGUGGCGCGAAUGAAUUCGAAGCGGAUAUCGCUUCGAACGCGAUUCUGGAUAAAGUUAAGAACGAGUCGAAACAUAGUAGGCCAGGUACUCCGGAUUCAGAGUCUGGAAGUAUCAAUACGAAAACUUACAAAGAUGCAGGAAAGUAUUUAGGCCCACCGGGUGAAAAUGAAACACUCCCGGAUCCCAAUCAACAAAUGGUGAUCAAACAAAUGGCCUGUGUCAUUUUACAAUUGUCCCAUGCGAUCGAACAAAAGUACUUAAAGAAACCGUUAGGCCCCGGCGACAAGGAUAAGAAAUGGUCGGCUGAAGAAUUUCGAGAGAGAUGGGAACAAUCUCUUAUGGCGUCGACGAACUGGUCUCAGUUGUUUGUACAUUUAAGUACUUUAGAAAAUAGCGUCGCUUGGAGCAAGAGCGCGCUGAACGUUCGAUGCCGAAUAUGUUGGCGACGUCGAGAUGGAGAUAAAAUGCUGCUCUGCGACGGCUGCAACAAUGGCCAUCACCUGUACUGUUUGACACCGAAAUUGACGAGUGUUCCAACCGGAGAUUGGUACUGCAAAUCUUGCAAACCAUCGAAGAAGCGAAAAGAUAAGGUUAAAAAGAGAAAAAAGUUUGAGGAUGAUUUGGACGAUGAAAUCAUACUGACCAAAGAAACUCGGCACAACCGCGCAAAACGAAUUCUCGAAAGCGAGGAGGAGGAAGAGGAGGAGGAGGACGAGGAUGAGGACGAGGAGCAGGAUGAACCAGAUGUGGAAAUGGAAGAAGCCAACGACGCGAAUAUCAGUAGUCAAAUGAACGUCUGUUACGUGUGCAGAAGCGGCGGGAGAUUACUCAGUUGCGACGCUUGUCUAAAGUUUUACCACGUCGAGUGUAUAGAUCCUCCUAUGGCAAGACCACCUCGUGGAAGAUGGAUUUGCCCAGAUUGCAAGGACAAGAAGGAUAGAAGAGCGAUGAGGGGGCGUGAAAGGGAAAGGGACAAGGAGAGACUGUGCGCUGCAGCAGCACGCUCUCGCAUCCAUGGCUUUGCCAAGAGCCUCCUCACUACAGAAUCUACAGACUUGGACGAUAGUAGCAAUUCAGAGGAUACAGAACCGAGGCAGACCAGGCGAGCGGCUAAGAGAGCUGCGGAAAUCGAACAGGAGGACAAAACAAUUAAAGGACCUAUGACAAGACUGCAGGAAUUACUUUCUGACAUUAGGCAUCACAGAGACUCGUGGCCCUUUCUAUCACCCGUAACGAAAGACGAAGUUCCCGAUUAUCAUGAUAUUAUUUCGAACCCCAUGGACUUUGGCACUAUCAAGUCAAAAGUGGACAACGGCGAAUACGAAACGUUGGAGCAUUUCUUUAACGAUUGUCGUUUAGUAUUCGAAAAUUGUCAAGCGUAUAACGAGGAACACAGUUCCGUGUACAAUUUCGUAUACAGAGCAGGUAUGAGGUUGUUGAAAUACUUCGAGAAACGGUGUAGAGAGUUAGGACUCUCGGACGACCUGGACUUAUUGCGAUCACUGACUGCGAAGAAGCCGAAACUUGAAGACAACGGUCUCACGAUUAGCGAGGACGAAGCCACGAAAGACAUUCAGAAAUCAAGAUAGAGAUAAAGUACUCUGUUCGGCUCUUUAUAUUUAUUGAAUAACACUUUUUAUUUCCGAAACGUAAAUUGAGUGUACCUUGAAACGUAAUUUGUACACCGUCGUUAUCGAUUCUGUGUACGAAUUUACAGUUUGUAAAAAAGAAGACUUUGUUUACUAAGAGUAGAGAACGCUGCAUAGAAGUGGAAACUGCAGGCUUAAAAAAGUAUUUAACAUAUUUUCUUCUACGUUACUUAUAUUAAAUAUCCCAAUUAAUUUUCUUUCUUUCUUUGGCUUAGUAUCAAUAAAAGGUAUACACACAGUA